UUAUCCUUAGAGCUUCUCUGUCUUUGUUCGUUUCCCUCCUAACACAGGAACAAUAUCAUAACAAGCAAAUUGCAACCCAUUAACCAAACUAAUCUCCAUAUCAUACUCUCACCUUCAGUUUCACGAUUCCAAUGGCUACCAAAUUAGCCUUCUCUUUGACUUCUCCUCGUGUCUCCUCUGCUCCUCUCCGGAAACCAUUCAGCUCUUUAUCUUCUUCUCCUUGUUCUUCUUCUUCAAGGGUUCAGUCCAUUCAGCUCAUUGGAAGGCAUUUCUCUGUUCGUCGCAGAAUCUUUUUGCUUCCAAUCAAGGCAACUGCUGACCAACAAGGUCAGGUGGAAGAAAAUGAGGUUGUUGAUAGCAAAAUUCUGCAAUAUUGUAGCAUAGACAAGAAAGACAAAAAAUCAAUAGGUGAAAUGGAGCAGGAGUUUCUUCAAGCAUUACAAGCAUUUUACUAUGAGGGGAAAGCUAUAAUGUCAAAUGAAGAAUUUGAUAAUCUCAAGGAAGAACUAAUGUGGGAAGGAAGCAGUGUUGUUAUGCUAAGUUCUGAUGAGCAGAAGUUUUUGGAAGCUUCAAUGGCUUAUGUAUCUGGAAAACCCAUUUUGAGUGAUGAAGAGUUUGAUAACUUGAAGCUAAGAUUAAAGCAAGAAGGCAGUGAAAUUGUUGUUGAGGGUCCACGAUGCAGUCUCCGUAGUAGAAAGGUUUACAGUGACCUCUCUGUUGACUAUUUAAAGAUGUUCUUACUGAAUGUCCCUGCCACUGUUGUUGCACUAGGCUUGUUUUUCUUCUUGGACGAUCUCACUGGAUUUGAAAUAUCUUAUCUUUUGGAGCUUCCAGAGCCAUUCAGCUUCAUCUUCACAUGGUUCGCUGCUGUGCCCCUCAUAGUUUGGUUAUCUCAAUCUUUCACAAAUGCAAUUGUUAAAGACUUUUUGAUCUUGAAGGGCCCUUGUCCCAACUGUGGUACUGAGAACCAGUCCUUCUUUGGAACCAUAUUGUCAGUUUCAAGUGGUGGUACCACCAACAAUGUCAAAUGCUCAAAUUGUGGAACUGAUAUGGUGUAUGAUUCAAAGACCCGAUUGAUUACUCUGCCAGAAGGGAGCAGUGCUUGAUUUGAGGAGCAAUCCAAUUUAUGGGAUCAUAGAAUAAAAAUGCUACUAACUCAUAAAGUUGGAAGGAAGAAGUGUCACCUUAUGCAUAAUUUUGGGUGACAGUUGUGGAGGAAAAGUAAAAAUUUUCAGAAGUGUACUUUGUAAUUAAUGUAUCUCCAUGGUGUGUUAAUAUUGUACUUUGUAAGGAAAUGCUUGAUAUAUACAUCCACCUAUAUAUUACAGGCAUGUCCAUUGGAAGAAGAUGAGAUCAGAAUUGUAAUGUUGCUGUUGUAUAUAUAGAUUAGCCUUGUUACCAAUCA